CCACUGUCUCCAUCAGUUGUUCAUUGUCUUCGUCCUUAAAUUGUCGAAAUGUAACCAUCUCAGUUUAUUAUUAACAUCUAGAAUAGGAUUUGGUAUAUUACGUGUGAAGCUCGGGUGUGGAUGACGUCAGGUGUUGGGAUCAUCGAAAACAGAAGAAACUCGACUUGGACGGUGCAAGUUCGGCGUAAGGAACGGUAGAGGAGUAUUUUCAUCUGCAAGGAAAAUAGUAUAAGUGAUCUUAGUUAUUUACAACAUGUACAUAGAAAAACUAAGGUGACUAAUCAUCUACAUCACUUGUGCUUCACCUACGUCACCUGUGCUUCAUCUACAGGUAGCCAUCAUGAAGGUGUGGCUGAUGGUGGUGGUGGUGUUGCAGUUUGUUCUCAUCUACGUCAAUGCCGGGAACAUAAUAUUCAGAACCCAACUUGAAGACACCGAACCAUCACCGCUUAUCCUGAAACUGCAGGAAAUUAGACAGGUGUCGAGAGAGUCCUCCUCCCCCAGUGCCAGGAGUGUAACAAUUCACCUGGCAGACCACAAACACAUCCCUAACAUCGCUCUGUGGACGUUCACAUUAAUUACUGGCAGUCAACCAGUAAGUAAACUUCAGGCUGACAACUCCUCACAAACACAAUUACAGUUCGAGGGGUCACUAGUGAAUGCAGACGCUGUCUUACUCAAGGCACUUGAUGAUACAGGGAAUGAGCUCGCGCUGAUCUACAAACAGCUGCAAGUCAGAGGAACCAACUCACGACUGGCCUGGGUAGGAGACAACAACUCGCUGAGGGUGGACACGGGUCUCCUGCAGGAGGUGGCGGCGGGGAAGGAGGUGUGCCGGAAGAGGGAAAGUCCUUGUUACUACAUUAAUGAUGACACACUGCCCGACCACAUUCCACGCUGUCAAGACGUCACCACACACGACGGUGACAAAAUAAAGGUGUGCGACGACACCAUCACCAGACUCCAAGAAAUCCGUGAGCCAGUUCACCUGGAGCGGUCAGGAAACAACCUGACGGUACACGUGACCUUCUCCACGACGCCCACCAAGGUGGAGGUGUUGGUGUUCGACGUCAAUAACCCGACAAAUGUGUUGUCUCCUGAGGACUACCAGUGCCAGGCAAUGAAUGAGCCCCGCCAGGUUCACUGUAUGCAGCAGCUGGUGGCCGCUGACCACAUCCAGACACUGAUGGUCCUCGUGGUCGGCCUCGACGACAACGGCUACGUCCUCGAGUCCUCCUUCAACAUUUAUGGUGGUACUCCCCUCCCCGCCUCGACCCCACCUCCGGAAGAGAGCACACACAUGAUGUGGGUGAUCGCGGGUUCGGUGACAGCGCUGUGUGCAGUUGUAGGCGUCGGUCUUAUCAUCGGCCUCGGUAUUUACCUUGUGAGGAAGAAUCGUAUGAGACGGAAGGAUAUUUACUCAACGCCACAGAAGUUUUUAAAGGGGUAUAAGAAAACGGCCACCAGGGAGCAGUAGACUGGGUGUGUCGCUACUAUACCAGCACUGUCAGCACACCGAACUCUGAAAUUGGACAUCUCGUCGAUGGGUGUAACCAAAAUACAUUUCUGGAAUCAACAAGAAAUGUCCAUACCAUGAAGAUUACUUUACGAGCAAUAGGCGACGUAGACAAAGAUGUGAGUCAAUACCUGGAUGUUGUUGAUGUUAUACUGUAUUACUGUAAAUACACUAGUCAUCAACAAUUAGAAAUAUAUAGAUACACCUUAAUGUUGGACAGUUUCUACAGAUAGAGCCCAUGAGGGGGGAGACAGAAGAGGGGCAUUUGGACUAUAGGAUAUGCCCAACUCGCAUUGUACCUUUGGUAGAUUUUAGCAUGUUGGAUGCAGUUUCCUAUUCAUCCCGGAUUUUGUUGUCCCAAACUUAUUUAAAACUCCAACGUGGAUCUCUGUGGGGUUUUUACUUGUAUGUUUUUGCACAUAGCAGUAGUAGGUAGUAGGCAGUUACCAAAUAGGGAGGUACUACCGCCUGGGAAGAUAUUGGAAGCAUAAUGUGUUGU